AUGCCCGGGCGAUGCGCCGCCAACGCCGCGCGCGGCCUGAGCGAGGCGGCCGCGUUGGAUGAGCCGCACAAGCGGGGGCUACCGCGCCGGUACCCUCCCGAAUCCGCCCAAACCCGCCUAAACACGUCUGAGUACGCCCGAACCCGCCUGAACGCCGGAACUACCAAAGCGCCAGAUAUGAGAACUGUUGCCCGCUAUAUUUUUCUAAUCAUUGGUAUCUCUUUGUAUCUGCUGCUAUUUUUCAAUGAUUUCUCAUCAGAAGAGAGCGAUAAGGAGGAUGUCUCAGCUUUUGAAGGAUAUGCGCAGGUGGAAGAAGAGGUGGUGCCGGAAGUUCGACCUUCACAAUGCGCUAUGCAUUCAUGUUUUGACUAUUCAAAAUGCAGAUCUGGACUAAAAGUUUAUGUUUAUCCUGAUGUGGAAGGCUUGGUACCUUCUGAAGCAUAUAGAAAGAUCCUCACGGCUGUUCGAGAAAGUCGGUAUUAUGUUUCCGAUGCACGGGAAGCCUGCCUUUUCGUGGUCAGUGUCGAUACCAUCGACAGGGACAAAAUUAGCGAAAAUUAUGUUCGCGAUGUUGACCGUUACAUCUCUAAUCUUCCCGCAGAUGUUUGGAACGAUGGUAUAAACCACAUCAUAUUCAAUUUGUAUCACGGUACAUAUCCGGAUUACUCCGACCACAAUCUCGGUUUUGACACCAAGAAGGCAAUGAUUGCUCGCGCAUCACCUAGCUCACAGAACUUCCGGUUCGAUUUUGAUAUCUCCUUCCCAUUGUUUCACAAAGAACAUCCAUUGAGAAGUUCCGUAGAGAAUCAAAUCUCUUUCAAGACAAAGGACCAGUACAUUGUGUCCUUCAAGGGAAAGCGAUAUGUUUACGGCAUCGGUUCUGAAACACGUGAUUCUCUCCACCAUCUGCAUAAUGGGGAGACAGUAGCAAUGGUCACUACAUGCAAGCAUAACAACGAUUGGCAGGCACACCAAGAUGCUCGAUGUGAGAGUGACAAUGAAGCUUACGAUAAGUGGGACUACGAAACGAUGAUGGCAAACUCCACAUUUUGUCUUACUCCAAGAGGACGACGGCUGGGUUCAUUUAGGUUCCUUGAAGCCUUGCGGAUGGGAUGCAUACCUGUAGUGCUAUCCGAUGACUGGGUACUGCCGUUUGAUGAAGUUAUUGACUGGUCAGCUGCAGCAGUUGUGAUACCCGAAGAGAGCGUUCUACUGGUGCCUGACAUUCUUUAUACAUUCACAGCUGAAAAGAUAUACCAAAUGAAGCAGCGGGGGUUUUUCAUCUAUCAGAGAUAUUUCAGCAGCGUUGAAAAGAUUGCUAUAACCGCGCUGGAAAUAGUGUGGGAGCGUAUACGAAUAGCAGAGGCUAAAGAACGCACGCAGUGGAAUCAUCUCCAUCCCAUUGGUACGACAGCGUCUGUACAUGAGGUGAACGUAGUCGUCAGAGGCUCAGAAAAGCCAUCAUCUAGGCUACAGAAGAUUGUUUUGAAUGUGGCAAAAAUCGAGUCUCUUCGCAAGAUUAUUAUUCUGUGGCCGAACUCUCGUGGUGUUCCUCCCGUUGGAGCAGAUUUCGGCACUAAGUCGACUUUGGAAUUUGUGCUGAUCAACAAUAGGUCUGUCGACUUUGCUUCUCUGCAAAGAGUAUGUGACAACGGUUUUGUGCUUUUUGUUGAUGAACGACUGAAUCCCCCACUUUCCGAAAUGAGCGCUCUCAUAGAUUAUGUCGAAAGGAAUCCGAAUAGACUUAUUGGAGUGCAUGGGAUAGAAUUCGAUUGGCAAAAGGCCCAUACAUCAUUUGGAAAAAUCUACAAUGCUGCAUUCUUCUCCAUGGUAAUUUUUCACAGCUGGUAUCUUACUGAGCAAAUCUCCCCUAUACCGGUUAAUUUGUGGAGCGACUGCCUAGCAGUUGUACUCAACAUUGUCAUUACCGAACGAUCGAUGUUACCACCGAUGAUUGUGGGAGAACGCAAGCAAGAAGCAUGGAUGAAGCCUGAUCUUGACUUAAGUUGUUAUAAAAGGCUAGCGGCUCGAUGGCAAGGCGAUAUGCCACUUAUUUUCUCUGAUCUUCGAUUUGUUUGAUCUGUAUUGGAAGCAAAGAAUAUGCGACACAGUCAGCAGAUGUUAUUGAAGGCUUUUCAUAUUCUUAGUG